CAAGAUUCAUACACCAAGAAGCUCCUUCAACAAUGGCGGUUUCAUUCGUCUCUGGUAUCUCAAUCUCAAAAACCCUCAUCAAAAGAUCAACUCCCAUCCCCAAAUUCCCAGUUCAAAAUCACCUCAACACACCCCAAAACUCUCUCAGAUCAACCUCUGCAGCAUAUCUCAAGCCUAAACUCCCCCUGUCUCUCAUCUUCAGAUCCCACACACAAAAACCACUUACCCUUCACACCCACCAACAAACCCAAAUCAAAUCCCUCUUCACUGGAAUCGUCGAAGAAAUGGGACAAGUCCGGCAACUGGGUUUCGACGAAUCCGGCCGAUCGUUCGACAUGACAAUCCAUUCACCAACCGUCCUACAAGACGUCAAUCUCGGCGACAGCAUAGCCGUAAAUGGCACUUGUUUAACCGUCACAGAAUUCGACCCCAAACGAUUGGAAUUCACAGUCGGAGUGGCCCCGGAGACCUUAAGACUGACCUCACUGAUGGAAUUGGAACAGGGUUCAGUGGUUAAUUUGGAGCGAGCUGUGAAACCCUCGACAAGAAUGGGCGGGCAUUUUGUUCAGGGGCAUGUGGAUGGUACAGGGGAGAUAGUUUCGUUGGUGCCGGAGGGAGAUUCGUUGUGGGUUAAGGUGAAAACGUCGCCGGAGGUUUUGAAAUUCAUCGUACCAAAGGGGUUUAUUGCGGUGGAUGGGGCUAGUUUGACGGUGGUGAAGGUGUUCGAUCAAGAGGGGUGUUUUAAUUUCAUGUUGGUUGAGUAUACACAAAAAGAAAUUGUGAUUCCAUUGAAGAAAAUUGGGCAGAAGGUGAAUUUGGAAGUGGAUAUAUUGGGGAAAUAUGUGGAGAAGCUUCUUAGCAGUGGAUUUGUGGAGAGUAUCAAAUCAAGAUGAUGAUGAUGAUCCCAUUUGAGGUACUUUUUUCCAGCUUUUUUGGUUUGAUCUUGAACAGCAAUGUUUGUGUAAUAAGUGUUGAAUGAUUUGAGCUUUUUAUCCUGGUGAAUUUCGAAUAGAAGUUGGUUUUGAAAUCUUGUGUUGGUGAUCAUAGACUUCUAAAAUGGAGUUCGCAGGAAAUAGAUAUUGUUAUCUUGUAAACUCGGUGCUUCCAUUCCAUCCUGUAUCUGGUUUCCUAUUUGAGCAAACUUUACACUGUUUUUACAUUGAUUCAUAUUUUAGGUAAUGUAAUUUUAUACAUUUGUUUUA